GCCCUCUUCGCAGCUUUCUGGGCUUCUCUUCACACUGUUGGCCAUUGCGUAAACUUCUACCAUGUUGCCACUCAAAGUCAAGAGGGUCUGAACUGUCUAUUCCAGGAAGCGGUCUUUGGAUCCAACUUCCUACCCUCUAUCAGCUACUGGUUCUAUGGUACCAUAACGGGUCUGACCGGUAUCCUACUCGUAGCUGUUAUGUCAAUCAUAUAUGUAUUCGCUUUGCCAUGUUUUAUGAAACGGGCCUACCAUGCGUUCCGGCUUACCCACUUGCUCAACGUUGCAUUCUAUGCCUUGACGGUACUACACGGUUUACCAAAGUUGCUGGAUUCCCCAAAAUUCUGGUACUAUGCCAUCGGUCCUGUGAUCAUCUUUGUUAUCGACCGCAUUAUGGGAAUGCGGCAAGAAUACAAGAAACUAAAAAUUCUUAACGCAGAAUUAUUGCCAUCCGACAUCAUCUAUCUCCAAUUCAAGAGACCAUUAUCGUUUAAGUUCCGGUCCGGCCAAUGGGUUCGGAUCUCGUCACCUGCUUUCUCUUGCGCUUUUAAUGAAUGCCAUGCGUUCUCACUUGCUUCAGCACCUCAAGCACCAACGCUUGAAUUAUACAUCAAAGCUGUGGGGCCAUGGACUUGGAAAAUGAGAUCGGAGAUUAUACGAGCACAAGCAAAUGGAUCACCUUAUCCUCUAGUACAUAUGAAUGGACCAUAUGGCGAUGGAAAUCAGGAAUGGACCAAUUAUGAAGUGGCCGUUCUCAUUGGUGGAGGAAUUGGUGUAACACCCUAUGCAUCCACGCUGACUGAUCUUGUCCUUGAGACGACCUCAGGAAGGCAUCAUAGCGUGAAAUGCAAAAAAGUUUAUUUCCUGUGGAUUUGCCCAACACAUAAAAAUUAUGAAUGGUUUGUGGAUGUACUGAAGGAUGUAGAAGAACUGGAUCGAAAUGAACUGCUUGAGACACACAUCUUCGUCACUCAAUUCUUCCACAAGUUCGAUUUGCGAACGACUAUGCUGGUAGUUAGAAGUAAAUCCACGGCCACGCGUCAGGACUCACACCUUGCACGGCGGCCGCAUUGGCGCGCACGCUGCGUU